AUGUCUGCAUUACUUUCUAGAGUUGCUCCAAGAAUGAGCGUCUUGGCUUGUGCUGCCAGACUUCAAUUGAGAACGUAUGCUUCUUACCCACCAUACACCAUCAUUGGUAUGCCAGCUUUGUCUCCUACCAUGGUUCAAGGUGGUUUGACGGAAUGGAGUAAGAACGUUGGUGACAGGUUGGAGCCUGGUGAUGUCCUUGCUGAAGUUGAAACUGAUAAGGCUCAAAUGGAUUUCGAAUUCCAAGAAGAAGGUUAUUUGGCUAAGAUCUUGGUUCCAGCUGGUACCAAGGAUAUCCCAGUGAACAAGCCACUUGCUGUUUACGUUGAGGAAGAAUCUGACGUUCCAGCUUUCGCUAAUUUCACUGCUGCAGACGCCGAAUCUGCUACCGCUGCUAAGGAAGCUGCCAAGAAUGGUGCUAAGCAACCUGCAAAGGAAGAAUCCAAGGAAGAAUCCAAGGAAGGUGCUAAACCAGCUUCUAAACCAGCUGCCAAGAAAUCCUCUGGAUCUUCUGCUUCUUCAGGUACUAGAAUCUUUGCUUCUCCAUUGGCCAAGAGCAUCGCUUUGGAACAUGGUGUUUCCUUGAAGGAAGUUGAAGGUACUGGUCCAAGAGGCAGAAUCACUAAGGAUGAUGUUGAAGCCUUCUUGGCCUCGGCUCCAUCUCGUGAAUCCUCCGCUGCUAAGGCCGCUCCAGCCCUAGCUGCCCCAACUCCAGCAUCCGCCACUUAUGAAGAUGUUCCAAUCAGUAACAUGAGACAAAUCAUCGGUGACCGUUUGUUGCAAUCCACUCAAAAUAUUCCAUCAUACAUUGUUUCCUCUCAAAUUAGUGUUUCUAAGCUUUUGAAGUUGAGACAAUCCUUGAACGCUACUGCUAAAGACCAAUACAAGUUGUCCAUCAAUGACAUCUUGAUCAAGGCCAUUGCUGUUGCUGCUCAGAGAUGUCCAGAUGCUAAUGCUUACUGGAUGCCAGAACAAGGUGUCAUCAGAAAGUUCAAGAACGUUGACGUCUCUGUCGCUGUUGCUACCCCAACCGGUUUGUUGACUCCGAUCGUCAAGAACGCCGAAUCCAAGGGCCUUGUUUCCAUUUCUAAGGAAAUCAAGGACUUAGGUAAGCGUGCUAAGGAUAAUAAGUUGAAGCCAGAAGAAUUCCAAGGUGGUACUAUCUGUAUCUCUAACUUGGGUAUGAACCCUGCCGUUUCCAUGUUCACCUCUAUCAUCAACCCACCACAAUCUACCAUCUUGGCUAUCGGUACCGUUAACAAGGUCCCAGUCGAAGAUGCUGGUUCCGAAUUCGGCUUCACCUUUGACCAAAAGAUGAAUAUCACUGGUACUUUCGAUCACAGAACUAUCGAUGGUGCUAAGGGUGGUGAAUUCAUGAAGGAAUUGAAGAAGGUUAUUGAAAACCCAUUGGAACUAUUGUUAUGA